AGGGCGUUGCUGCGGCCGCCGCGGGGCCAUUCAAAGAGCGGUGGGGACGCCUCCCUCCGUCCCAGCCCCGCGCCGCCCCCUUCCUCGGGGGACCCCCGCUCGGCCGGCCGCCGCGAUGAAGCCGCGGGCCACCAGCCUCCGCCGGAGGAGACCCCUGCCCGCCUCCGCCUCCCCCUUCCUCCUCCUCCUCUUGCUUUGGGGCGCCGCAAGCCAGGCUGCCCGGCGCGAGUUGCAAGUCAUUGACCUCCUGACCGUCACCGAACCUCGACAUAUGACCAACGUGGCAAACAAAAUCCGGACGGAGGUUUUAUCUGUCCACGAUAUGUACCUUUUAUCGACUUUUCACCUGCCCCCAAAACAAGGUGGGGCCCUCUUUGGCCUUUACUACAAGAAGGAUAACAGCCGAUGGUUUGAAGUCUCCGUGGUUGGCAAGACGAAUAAAGUUCUCGUCCGAUACUUACGUGCCGAUGGGAAACUCCACUCGGUCAACUUGCAGAAUUCCAACCUGUCGGAUGGACGUAGCCACACGCUCCUCCUGCGGGUCAGCGGCCUGAAGGCCAGCAGCCUGUCCUUGGAGCUGUACGUGGAUUGCAAGCUGCUGGACUCCCAUACGGGGCUGCCCGAAAUGGCAUCGAUUGACCAGGAAAAACCCGAAGCCGUCGAAGUGAGAACCGGACAGAAAACGUAUCUUCGGAUGCAGGGGUCUCUAGAAUCGCUCAAACUGAUCCUUGGAGGGUCCCUCAGCCGCGUGGGAGCCUUGAGCGAAUGUCCGUUUCAAGAGGACGAAUCCAUGCAGAACACGGUAUCCAACGUGAUCAAUUCUCUCUUUGGUGAGCAAACCAAAGCCCUGGUACGGCAGCUGACCCUUUUCAACCAAAUUCUGAUGGAACUCCAAGAGGACGUGAGAGAUCAGGUCAAGGAAAUGUCUUUAAUACGGAACACCAUUAUGGAAUGCCAAGUAUGUGGGUUUCACGAACACCGGUCCCGUUGUAAUCCAAACCCAUGUUUCGCCGGCGUUGAUUGCAUGGAGACCUACGAAUACCCGGGGUACCGUUGCGGGCCCUGUCCCCCUGGUUUUGAAGGCAACGGCACCCAUUGCGCUGAUAUUAACGAGUGUUUGUUUGCAAACCCGUGUUUUGCCGGCUCCAGAUGUCUCAACAUCGCACCCGGGUUUCGUUGUGAGCCGUGCCCGUCUGGCUACAAGGGCAAUCUCGUCACCGGAGUCGGGGCAGAUUAUGCCAAAGCCAGCAAACAGAUUUGCACGGACAUCGAUGAAUGCAACGACGGGAACAACGGAGGGUGUGACCCCAAUGCAAUUUGCACCAACACGGUGGGGUCUUUCAAAUGUGGGCCGUGUAAAUCUGGUUUUGUGGAGAAGGAGCCGGGCAACUGUACCCCCCAGAAGGCGUGUGAAAGUCCGAGUCACAAUCCUUGUGACGUCAACGGGUACUGCCUCUUCGAACGCAACGGUGAUGUUUCCUGUUCGUGCAAUGUGGGUUGGGCCGGCAAUGGAAAUGUGUGCGGGCGGGACACUGACAUCGAUGGCUAUCCGGACGAACCGUUGCCCUGCAUCGACAACAACAAGCAUUGUGCACAGGACAACUGCCGUUUGACCCCUAACUCAGGACAGGAAGACGCAGAUAAUGAUGGUAUCGGUGACCAGUGUGACGAUGACGCCGACGGUGACGGGAUCAAGAACGUGGAGGAUAAUUGUCGCCUCCUCCCCAACAAAGACCAGCAAAACUCGGAUACAGAUUCAUUUGGGGAUGCUUGUGAUAAUUGCCCCAAUGUUCCGAACAAUGAUCAAAAGGACACCGACCACAACGGAGAAGGGGAUGCGUGCGACAACGACAUCGAUGGGGACGGGAUUCCCAACGGGCUGGACAAUUGUCCGAAGGUACCCAACCCGCUGCAGACUGACCGUGAUGAAGAUGGUGUCGGGGACGCGUGCGACAGCUGUCCAGAACUUAGCAAUCCAACUCAGACAGACAUGGACAGUGAUCUGGUGGGAGACGCUUGUGACACGAAUGAGGACAGAGAUGGCGACGGCCACCAAGACACCAAAGACAACUGUGCGGAAAUUCCUAACAGCUCGCAGCUGGAUUCAGAUAACGACGGGAAGGGGGAUGACUGUGAUAACGAUGAUGACAAUGACGGGAUCCCUGAUUACCUGCCUCCUGGGCCCGACAAUUGCCGCCUGAUUGCUAAUCCCAACCAGAAAGACGUCGACGGCAACGGCGUGGGGGACGCCUGCGAGGAGGAUUUUGACAACGAUACGGUGGCCGAUCCAAUAGACGUGUGUCCGGAGAGUUCUGAAGUGACAUUGACUGACUUCCGGGCCUACCAGACGGUCAUUUUGGACCCUGAGGGAGAUGCUCAAAUUGAUCCCAACUGGGUUGUCCUUAACCAGGGUAUGGAAAUUGUCCAAACCAUGAACAGCGAUCCGGGCUUGGCUGUAGGAUACACGGCGUUCAACGGGGUGGAUUUUGAAGGCACUUUCCACGUCAACACCGUGACCGAUGACGAUUAUGCCGGCUUCAUCUUCGCCUACCAAGACAGCGCCAGUUUUUAUGUGGUCAUGUGGAAACAAACCGAACAGACCUACUGGCAGGCCACACCAUUCCGGGCCGUGGCGGAGCCCAGCUUGCAGCUCAAGGCGGUAAAAUCGGAAACGGGGCCCGGUGAAUACCUGCGCAAUGCCUUGUGGCACACGGGCCACACGCCCGGCCACGUCAAGCUGUUGUGGAAGGAUCCACGCAACGUGGGUUGGAAGGAUAAAACCUCUUACCGUUGGCGUCUCUUACACAGACCCCAAGUAGGGUACAUCCGGGUGCUGCUCUACGAAGGACCCCAGCUUGUUGCCGACUCCGGGGUGGUCAUCGACACCACAAUGCGGGGAGGGCGCCUGGGCGUCUUCUGUUUUUCUCAAGAGAACAUCAUUUGGUCCAACCUGCAAUAUCGGUGCAACGAUACGGUCCCUGUCGACUUCGAACCGUACCGGCGGAUUUUACUAGAACAACCUUAAAAAAAACACGAAACGUCGCCCCCCAAAAGAUUUUGAGGUGGGGGAGAUAUUUAUCCCACCCGUUUGGAGAACCACCCAAUUCUACGCCGGAUCGAAUAAAAAAAACUCUGCAAACGAGCCACGCUUCGUGCGUGUUUGCGAAGGGUGCAGAAGUCCCAAAGGCACCGCACGACACAACAUUGGGGUUGUUUAGAAAUUCGAUUUGGGGGGUUACAGAUUAACAGAGUUGGAAGGGACCUUAUAGGUCAUCUAGUCCAACCCCCCCCCCACUUCCUCCGCUCAAGCAGGAGACAUCUACACCGUUUCUGACAAAUGGCAGUCCAAUCUUUUCUCGUUGUUCUUCCCUCCAUCCAUAAAACCUUUUUUAAAAAAUAA